AUAAUCUGUAAUGGCUACUACUGAGAAUGCAGAGACGUGUUCACCAGAAAACAAAGGAGGCCAUCAUGGGAGUGCUGACCCAGACACAAAGUGCCCAAAGAAAGUCCAGUAUUGUGGCGUGUGCUCCUUGCCAACAGAGUACUGUGAGUACAUGCCUGAGCCAUCCAAAUGCAGGCAGUGGCUGGAGAAGAACUUCCCAGAUGUGUUUGCCAGGAUGAGUGUAGGUGAGUUUCAUCACAGUUUCUCUUUCUCUCUCUCUCUCUGUUUCCUAUCAGGAAGAUGGGCAAUAAUGAAUGAUGUCUUAUUAAAAACACUUUUUUUUCUUAUGCCUUACUGGUCCGGUAGGAAAUGCUUCCAAGCAGGACACUGGCGGUGUAGAGGUGCCCCUUGUUGGAGAGGAGGAUGAAAAGAAGAAGCAGAAGAGAGGUGGCAGAGGACAGAUCAAACAGAAAAAGAAGACUGUCCCUCAGAAAAUAACGAUAGCUAAAAUCCCCCGCGCCAAGAAGAAAUAUGUCACCCGAGUCUGUGGAAUGAACACCUUUGACAUUGACCUUAAAGAGGCUCAGAGAUUCUUUGCCCAGAAGUUCUCCUGCGGCGCCUCGGUGACGGCGGAGGAUGAAAUCAUCAUUCAGGGAGAUUUUACAGAUGACAUCAUCGAUGUCAUUCAGGAAAAGUGGCCUGAGGUGGAUGACGACAGCAUUGAAGAUCUUGGAGAAGUCAAGAAGUGAAGACCCGACGUGCACUUUUACUGAAAAUGGAUGCAACAUGUAACAACAACCUGGCCAAAUGUACACAUUAACAUUAAAAAGGAGUCGUUUUAUAUCUAUUUUAUUUACUGUAUAGAAACUGUGGACUUGGCCACUCCCUUUUGGCAUUUUUCAGUUCUUGAUAGCUGCUGCCUGUCUCUCUCAGUCGCCAAAGGUCUGGUCUGAUGUGAUUCCUUCCCAAACGCUUUUCACUCAGCAAAAUGUUAGGGUAAUAAAUGUCGCUCAUUCACUUGCUCAUUCUUUAGUCCUUCUUUCAGACCUCUCUCUUCAUCAUCCCACUCUGUAAGUACAUCUCACUGUCUGUAAUAUAUGUUCAUACUGCCAUUGUAUUAUUUCAGGAUGCAAAAGAUGGAUGGUGUUUCCCUCAAACCAGCGACUCUCCUAGCACAAUGAUAAAGAAUAGAUAAGAGUCCGAGACGACCUCCCUUUAAAACUGCUUCCUUAGGCACAUUUUCUUCCAAUUUGUGCCUACUGAACCAGACCAGAUGUCGUGACCUUUAAGUUAACUGUAUUCUGGGAACCCUUGCGCUCCCUUAUGUACCCACGAGUAUGAUCUUUCCAACAGCAUAAUAGUUUUAUAAUGACCCCUGUCGGGGUAGGUUCCUUGUCAAUCAUUGGCUUAUUGGUGAAAUCAGCAGUCAGACUCUUCUUUAAAUAAAUCAAACCUUCAUUAAUGCAAUUGCAGAGAGAAGUUAACAAUGGAAGCACAGCAUGCAUGUUUCACAGUAAGUUCUGCAACCAACCAAAGGGCGCAGCUGAUUAUAUACUUUGAUCACUUCCCUGAUGGUGUGAUCAUCUACUUCAGGGUAUAUGUGCUGCAAUAAGCUGAGGUAACCUAGUACAGUACAUUUUCUUAAUUCAUUAGCAUUGACCACUUUACACAAGAUCAAAAUGUCAAAAUGAGACACUUGUUACUUCUAUCUAGUUUCGGUCUGACUCACACCCAGCCUGCAGGUUAAGGGCUUAACCACAAAGAUGAAAAUAGUUUGUGGAAGGUAUAGUGUCAGACACAUAGCAACAGUACAAUAGUGAGACAAGCAUAUUCAUCUUAAGGUCCCCUUAAUCAAUAAUGGGGAGGGUCUUUGGGACUCUACACCCCAUAAUCCCUGGGCUGUUGGUGUCCUCACUCAGAGCCAUCUGCCUACAGAGCUCCAUAAGAGAACACACUGCACACCCACACACACUUUCCACAUGGUUGGCACCGGAAGAUCGUUUGCAUGACUGCAAACAAAAUCCCCGGUCAAAUGUAGGAGAUGCCUAGACAACACUAUCAAUAUUUACUAUUUUCAGAGAGGAGCAAAGCAGCACACAGACAGUCUCUCCUGUUAAAAGUGUAUCGUUUGACCCAUGGCAAACUUCACUUCUACAGAAGAUGACUGCUGCGCCUUUGAGUCUCCCAUCCUGGACCAUGUCCUGCCUCCCAUCCUGGUGCUGGAGUUCAUGUUUGGGCUGAUGGGGAAUGUUAUGGCUCUGUGGAUGUUUAUUUUCCACAUGGACACCUGGAAGCCCAACUCUGUCUACCUCACACAGCUGGCCGUUGCCGACUCCAUCGUCCUGUUCUGGCUUCCAUUCAGAGCCGACUACUACCGACGCGGGGAGCACUGGAUCCAUGGUGAUGCCAUGUGCCGGAUUAUGCUGUUCAUGUUGACGGCCAACCGCGGCGCUGGCAUCUUCUUCCUCACUGCAGUGGCUGUCGACCGUUACCUCAAGAUCGUUCACCCCAUGAACAAGAUCAACCGGAUGGGCCUGAAUUAUGCUCUGUGGGUGUCUCUGGGCCUGUGGGGGAUGAUCAUCGCUGCAACCGGGUACCUGCUGACCAACGAACACUUAUUCUACCGCAACAACCAGACACAGUGCGAGAGCUUCAACAUCUGCAUGGGCUUCAGCCCGCUGUCUACGUGGCACAACACCUUAUACGUGACCCAGUUCUUUUUGCCCACUGCCAUUGUCACCUUCUGCACGGUCUGCAUCACCUGGCAGCUGAAGAACAAGACGAUCGACACCGGGGGGAAGAUCAAACGUGCGGUGCAGUUUGUCAUGGCCGUGGCACUCAUCUUCAUAAUUUGCUUCUUCCCCAGUACAGUGUCUCGGAUCGCUGUGUGGAUCCUCAAGGCCUGGUAUAACGAGUGCCAUUAUUUCAAAGAGGCCAGUUUGGCGUUCUACACUUCUGUGUGUUUCACCUACUUCAACAGCGUGCUGAACCCCAUUGUGUACUACUUCUCCAGCUCUGCCUUCAGUGGGAACUUCCAGAAGCUGUUCAACAGACUGCUGGGGAGGAAAGAGGAGGAGGUACCGCCAGCCUUGCCUGAGACUGGGACCGAGAUCAGCAGUGCAAAUACAGUGUCAGGGAGGAGUAGUAACUUCCAAUCACAGGUCCAGGGUGAGGGCCUAUACUCGCAAAGCGUCUCAGACUUAUUCAUUGUGAUGUAAAAUACAAAACUGAUCCUAGAUCAGCAGUCCUAGGCUUACUCUGAGACGCUUUUAUGAAAAGGUACCCAGGAGAGCAAAAUAUCUGACUUUGUGUGAUUUUUCUUCUUCUACUCUAGUGGAAUAUGGUGUGUUCUAAAGAAUAUUAACCAGAUGUGAAGGAAGUCAAGGAAGGUGGAGAUAGUUGUCUGUUAGAUGCAAAUCUUAACAUUUUUAUGUUAUGUUGAUGUUCUGUAGCUAAAAGUAGAAAUUCAUUAAUUGGUUCGCUCAAUUAAGAUUUUGUUUGCAGUAUAACAGUGGAAUCUUUAAUGUAAUAUUUCAUAUUUUACAAUCCUUUGUCUUUGAGUUUUGUCUAUUUGCUGGUGAUUCAAGUAAAUUCCUUGUGAACUAGAAAAGUACAUUUCCUAAAGAAAAUGUGUGUGCUUGCUAGCUUGUCUUAAAGUAUUUUUGGUUGUGAAAUAAGUUAUAGUAGUGAUAGUGACUGCAGUAGCAAUGAUAGUGACUGGUUAUAGUUGAAAAAGUAGGCAGAUUUGAUUUGAUUAUUUGAUAGAAUAGGAUAGCCUGAACAUGUGAAGUUGGUUCGGUGUCUCUAGCUUGAACAGUUCAAGAGUUACUAUUGGUGUUGGUGGUUAUUUUAUACUAAUGUUAGUUGUUUUAAUGUUUGUAGCUGAAAUUGUUAAAAAGCAGUAGCUUUUAAAUUGUCUACCACUGUGUUCUUAUGGUUGGCAUUGAAUCCAUGAAGUGUUAUGCUAAUUUAUGCAAAUCAAAAUAGUUCAUAAAGGGUUAUAGGAAAUUUGAUGUUAGGAUAGCCUGCAUGUUUUAUAGCCUGAAUGUUUUAAAGCUGUUGUAGCUUCAUUGGUUUAGAAGCAGGACCGUUUUGAAUAGCUACCACUGUAUUACUAUGUUUCUCAUUCAAAACCAUGUUAAUUUAUGCAUAUUUUUUAUUGUUAUAGUUCAAAAAUUACAGAUAGGUGGAAAGAUUGUUUUGAUUGAUAACAUGAGAAAGUUAAAUUAGUGUCUCUACCUUUAACAGAAAGUUAAUUUAGUGUCUCUAGCUUUAACAGUUCAAGAGUAAAUAUUACUGUUGGUGGGUUAUUUAUGAUAAUGAAUAAUGAUCUAAAUAGUUAUAAUGUAUAAAGUAAUGUUUUUGUUUUUGUUUCAAUGUUUGUAGCUGAAAUGGUGAAAGAGCAGUAGCAUUUAAAAUGUCUACCACUGUGUUGUUGUUUGACUUUAAAAACAUUACAGUUUAUGCAAAUGUAUGCUAAUUAAAAUAAAUUAUAUUUG